CAGAGUAGUGGGUCUACCGAGCCAAAGUGGAUCAGCGCCACGAUAGUGUAAGCCGGAACUCCGUGAAAGCCAUGGCCUCCGACCAACCGCCGCCACCGCCGCCGCAGUCGGCGCCGCCGCCCGCUCCCACAACCGUAUUCACUCUCGGCGACGAUCUCCUACGCGAGAUCUUCCACCGCCUCCCCUCCCUCCCGAGCCUCGUCCGUGCCGCCUUCAGCUGCCACACCUUCCUCGACGCCGUCCGCUCGUCCCCCGCCUUCCGCCGCCAAUUCCGCGCGACCCGUCCACCCCCUCUCCUCGGCUUCUUCUUCGACCCCGACUGCCCCGCCAUCCCUGCCUUCGUCCCCAUCCGCCGCCGCUCCGACCCCGACCUCGCAGCCGCCGUCCGCGGCGCCGACUUCUUCCUCACCCGCGUCCCCGACAAAGAAGACGCCUCCCCUGGGUGGGUCGUAAGCGACUGCCGCGACGGCUACGUCCUCCUCCGCCAAGGAUGCCCCGGUGAGUUAGCCGCGUACAACCCCCUUACACGGGCCCUGCAUCUCAUCCCCCCGACGCCCCAUGAGAUCUUCGACGACAGCCAGGGCUAUGCCAUAUACCUGGAUCGCUUCAUCCUCUCCUCCCAAGACGGCGACGGGACGUUCCGCGUCGUCGCUACCUGCCGCGACGAGUCGCGGGCGCGCGCCGCCGUGUUCUCGUCGGAAAGCAGGGAGUGGCAGAUCUUACCGUGGUCGGAGCCUGUGACGCCACAUCCUGGGAAGAAGUACUGGCUUAAAGGUGGCACCAUGGUGAAUGGGUUGGUAUACUGGAUACACACCAAUGAUGCCUACUUGCUCGUUCUGAACACUGCAACGCUACAAUUCUCUCAGAUGGAUCUGCCGCCAUGCUUGGAAGGGCAAAAUUACCUAUUUAGGAUUGGCGAGGCCAAGGAUGGGAAGCUUUGUCUUGUUUGCCCAGUUGACUUUGAUCUCGAUGUUUGGUUCUGGAGGUCCGACGAUGAUGGCGUCGAGAGAUGGAUGCUAGACCAGAGUUUUCAGUUAGAGUCGUUUGUUGAGUCCAUCAGGUGUACAAUGGAACAUGUUGAACUGCAUAUUGUGGAUACCAUCAAUGGAUUCGUGUACUUCUCUACCGGUGAAACGUUCAACUCUGCUGAUUCUCCCUCGUGGUUCCUAUCUUUAUGCAUGGAGACGGCGCAGGUGGACAAGCUCUUUCAGAAGCCGCUUGACAGUCAUGUCCACCCCUACAUCAUGGCAUGGCCUCCAUCUUUGGAAGACAACAAGGCACAUCCUCGACUCCAAGGUGCUUGACAAAAUGUGGGCAAGACAGCGGAGCUGGGCAUGCUCUUUCAGAAGAUAUUUCACACUCAUGGUCGGCCCUACAUCCUGGCGUGUUCUCGCUCUUUGCUAGAUAACAACGUGUACCCUUGACCUGAAGGUGCUUGACAAAUGUUGAAAAGGCAUCAUAAUGUUUUGUUCUUUGGCUGCUGUAUGGAGUGUCAAGUACUGGUGUUCUGAAGAUGAGAAAGAGACUUCCUUUUCUAUUCUAGACACGAGCAAAGUGGUCUAUCUACAUUUUGAAAGUUCCAUCAAAUGAUUGCUUGUUUUAUUUAUUUAUUUUCAUGAGGUGUUUUUUCUUCUCAAUCAUGUCCAAGGAUCAACAUUAGUACUGCGCUCUACUGUUUACAGCUCUAUAGUCUACAACUUGGGUGUAUUUCUGAACUUGUUCAAGUAUUUACAUUUUACUUCCGUCUUUGAGACAGAAAGGUUCCACUUUAUAAUAGUUGCGGUUGUCGGUUUGA